AUGGCGAACGACGGAACCAACGGAAUCAACGGCGACCACCCCGCCGUUGACGUGGCCAUCGCCAUCCAGCCCAACAACGCCGAGGCCGUCCCCGACCUCCUCAAGCAGAUCACUGCCGGCGUGAGCGCUCUCGAGACGGGUGGCGAUGAGGCUCGUCAUGACCUUCUCAUCAAGGCACGCACCCUUGUGCAGUCCCUCGAGACUCCCCGCGAGACCAUGGUGAAGCACUGCUGGGCCCAGACUGGUGCCAUGGCCGGCCUUUGCUUCGGCGUCGAUUCCGGCUUGUGGAAACUCAUGGCCAAGAACGGCGACAGGCCGCAAACUGUUGCUGAGCUGGCCGAGCCACUCGGCGUUGAGCCCCUGCUUUUGAGCCGUCUCAUGCGCCACCUUGGUGCCAUGGGUUACAUUAUCGAAACUGGCACCGAUGAGUACAAGCCUACCAACUACUCCAAGGCCAUGAGCAUUCCCAUCAUCGGCGAUGGUUACCUCGCCAUGAUUUCAUGCACCAGCCAAGGCCCCAUCAAGUUCCACGAGUACUCGCGCAAGCGGGGAUUCAAGAACCCGACCGAUGCCAAGGAUACGUCCAUGAUGUACGGCUACCAGACCGAAAUGGACAUGUUUGCCUGGCAGCAGUCCCUCGGCUACGGCAUGCACUUCAACCACCACAUGGGCGGCUACCGCCAGGGCCGCCCCCCUGCCUUCCUGGUUGAUAUUGGCGGCAGUGUUGGCCACGAUCUCGAUGAGUUCCGCCGCCAUCACCCCGAUGCCCCUGGCAAGCUCAUCCUCCAGGAUCUCCCCGUCGUUAUUGGUCAGAUCAAGGAAUUGAAUCCUGCCAUUACCACGAUGGAGUACGACUUCCACACUGCGCAGCCCGUUGAAGGUGCCCGUGCGUACUACAUGCACUCUUGCCUCCAUGACUGGCCCGAUGAUGUCUGCGGCAGCAUCCUCGCCCGCAUCAAGGCCGCCAUGAAGCCUGGGUACAGCAAGCUGCUCAUCAACGAGAACGUCAUCCCGUCUACCGGCGCUUACUGGGAGACGUCGGCCCUUGACAUGGUCAUGCUGACUCUCUUCUGCUCUACCGAGCGUACUGAGACGGACUGGUAUAACCUGCUCGAGAAGCAAGCCGGCCUCAAGAUUGUCAAGAUUUGGAGCGGUGGGAAGGGCGUAGAGAGCUUGAUUGAGUGCGAGCUCCCGUAG